UUUUUUUGUUGCUUAUAUGUGUGGACGAGCUCACAGCUCACCUGGUGUUAAGUGGUUACUGGAGCCCAUAGACAUCUACAACGUAAAUGCGCCACCCACCUUGAGAUAUAAGUUCUAAGGUCUCAAGUAUAGUUACAACAGCUGCCCCACCCUUCAAACCGAAACGCAUUACUGCUUCACGGCAGAAUUAGGCAGGGUGGUGGUACCUACCCGUGCGGACUCACAAAAGGUCCUACCACCAGUACCACCACCAUAUACAUAAAUUGAGAGAGAAGAGUAUUUAAAUUGUUUUGUUUUAACUAUAAGUUCCAGCUACCUAUGCGCGGACUGGUACGUGAGCUCACAUGCUCAACAUGUGAAAGCUUGCUAGCACCAGGAUCGGAAGAGCCUAAAAGCACCUGGAGUAAAUUUUGGGGAUCCGAACAGAAAUAUUUCUGGCGACAGCGACUUUGCGUUAACUCGUCGCCUGGAUCAGAUAAGAAACCAUAAUAUCGACAACCUCUUUACACUUAUGAAAUUACGCCGUGCAGAUUAGAACCUAGAUGUCGCUAUGUUCCAGAUACUAUUGAAAAUCCCCUUCAAGUGAAGGAGACCAUUUGUUUUAGUAUUUUAUUAAAUGUAGUGUUUCGUCAACACAGUCUAAAUUCAAACUCAACUUUAUCACAGACUAAAAUCAACAGUGCUUGAAAAUACUAAAGAAACGAAAUCCUUACGCUUUUGCCGUAAAUUCGAUGUCAGUUUCAUAACGUCAACGUCAAAUGAAAUCAUAUGUUUUCGAAAAUUAAACAUAAUAUUGUCAUGUUAACACAAUAAUAAUAUGCUUUUGUCACACUCGUGCAUUUCUGAUAUGUUUAACUUUUUUACAACAGAUUCUCCUUGAAAAGCAAAAUAUACAAAAUAUUAAAUUAAAAUAACCCUCAAACAAUAACAAAAACACCGUGGAUUGUAAUUUUAAUUUUGUGUUUUUUGUGGAUAUUGGUUAUUAAACGAAACAAUUCAUUAAAACUUAAGUGUUUAAAAUGCUUAAUAUUUCUUUAUUAGUAGGUAUAUCUUGAAGAACGCAAAUAUUUACGGUGACAACUGUGAUUUCACAGUAAUGAAAAAACGCAAAGCAAAUUCUAACCUCAUAAGAGUUACAAAUAAUAUUGUACCUAUAAAGCCUAAAAGUGUUCCUGCACCAGCUGGGAACAAGAUGCCGAUUUGGGAGCCUCGUCAACCGAAUGCCGAAAAAACACACAUGCAAGCUCAGACCUCAGCGAUAUCAAAUCCCAAUAUUAUGCAGAUGAACAAUAUCCCUUUCUCAACAAGUUUGACUGCACCUGCAGAGAACAAUAUGCCGGUGUGGGAGCUUCAACAGCCCAAUAUCACAGGAGUACAAGAGAGUCCCUUCCGACUUCAGCUGAAUCCGACACCCCAAACAACACCAAUGUUGCCAAACUUCCAACAUCCGCCCCACGAACAAAUGCAAUACCGACCUCAGUUGCCUAUUCACAUACACAACGACCUGAGAUCUUUUGUCCCGCCCACACUUGGAGUUCAGCCAUCACCAAACUUCGAAUCUAUACUGCAGCAGCAACAGUUACCGAUAAUACAAACUAUACCUCCAACGCAAGCAAUGUUUACGCAACCUUUGCCAUCAACAUCAGCAAUGCAACUUCCGCAACUGAUACCAUCGGCACAACUAAUGCAGCCUGCGCAACCAGUGCUGUCAGUGCCACUCGCGCCACUCAUGCCGUCACCACACCCCAUGCCCGCACCGCUGCCGGUGCCGCCACCGCAGCCACAGGCCCCCUUCCCGCCGAGACAACAAACAUCAGCGGAGAGCCAUGUGAUCGCGUCCCAUCAGAACCCAUCUGCGCGGGACGCGUGCGUCGAACCUCCGAACUACGCAGCCUUGGAUACUUUACAAGAAACAGAAGACAGUAGACAAUCGACAUCACGGGACCCACCAGGGGCGUCCCUAAAUAAACGAGCGGCCCCCCACAAGCGGAGUGCGGCGGAAAAGCAGAAGAAACAGAAACUAACCACACAUUUGAGAUCCGAAAACACUCAAAGACCCCAGCAAGUAGGUAAACCAACAACGUCCAGUGAGUUCACCCCGGUCCAUCUCCGCGAGGACGUGCGGGCCAGCACGGAGCCCGUGGUGAUGCGGUACCUCAUGUCUUGGCCGUGGAAGAACGAAGUCAGGAUUAAAGCUUCUGCGACAGUCAGACACUCCAAGUCGCAGAUGAUAGCGGAGCAAGAGCUGAUGGAACAGCAGUACAGCGACCCGGCGCAGUUCUUCCAGGUGUCGGUGCGCGGGCACGGCGCCGCCCGCCCGGAGCCCGUGCUGGACGCGCUGCUGGCCAGCGUGCGCGGACGCAGCCUCAUCCCCUGCUUCGUCCAGUUGACGGAAGACGAAUGCAAGUUCCUCGUGAUUCGCUGCAAGACGGCGCUGCUGGCCAUACACAAGUACGGGUUCGUGCUGGGCGGCGACGGCGCGCGCAUGACGGUCACCGUCUCCGCGGUGGACAUCACCACGGCGACGCUGGACUUUUUACCCAAAGUCGUCCUCAAGAAGAUUUUGACGUCGAGGUACAAGGACGGUCAGCUGGACCUCAGCGCCUUCACCGCGGGGCCCGACAUAAAACACUUUAUCUACUACCCAUUGAAUCGCGUCAGCAACCAGACGGAGAUAUUCCAAAUAGAGUCCACGUUCAUAUGGGAGAACCUCACGCACCUUAACCUCUCACGCAACAGGAUCACUUCGCUGGUCGGGUUGAACCUGGCGCAGAUGACGCCCCGGCUGCGGCACCUGGACGUGUCGCACAACGCGCUGGGUCGGCUGGGCGCGCUGCUGGCGGGGCGGGCGCUGCCGCUGCGCGCGCUGCUGCUGGAGGGGAACCCGCUGUGCGCCGACUGCACCGACCCCGACCGAUACGUGCAGCUCGUCCAAAUGAUAUUCCCUACGCUCGUCACCCUCGACGGGAUCCACAUCAAGAGGAAAGGGGAAAUCCCGAAGUCAGUCCGCAAGACGUACUGUCCGGACGACGCUAAGGAGAUAGUGCACGAGUUCGUGCAGGUGUACUUCCCACUGCUGGACUCGGCGCUGGAGCAGCGGGCCCACGUGGCGCAGCUGUACCACCGACACGCGCUCGUGGACAUCAGCUACAACCCGGCGCUCAGGUCGCGGCGCGGCGCGGCGGGCGUGUGCGUGCGGGCGCGGCGCGGCGGCGGGCGGGCGGCGCUGCUGCGGCGGCUGGCUCGCUGGCCGCGCCUGCACCACGACCGCCUCUCCUUCACCGUCGACGUCUUGUACCACUCGGACGAAGCCACGAUCUUCAGAGUGGGCGGCGUCGUCAAAUUGACGUCUGAUUGUCUUGCUGACGAAGAAGAGAUGAUCUACUUCAGCAGGACCUUGGUGCUGAAGGCUGAAGGCACGACAGAAUACAAGAUACAUAACGAAAUGCUUUACUGGGACGAAGUCACCGACCAAACUGCAAAAGCCGCCUUCCAGGUAACGGAGGUUCCAACGACGCCGUUGAACCUGAACAUGGAUUCACCCGAGGAUGAAAUAAAACAGAAAAUAGUUGAAAUUUUUAUGUCUAUUACGAAACUUCAGAGUCAACCGAGUGAAAAGUGUUUAGAAUUGAACAAUUGGAACUUGAAGACCGCUCUGGAGUACUUUAUCAAUCUACUAAAAGAUAACAAUUCAGAUGAUAUUAUGUAAUAAAUAAGUAUGAAUAAGAUCUAAAGAUUUGGCAUAAAAAGAAUCCCCUUCUACUAAAAGAUUAAGCUACAUAUUAAAAGACAUGCGAAAUA